AUGAACACUAGUAUUCAAGGAUUGACGUGCAAAUCGGUCGACCUCGAUGGCUUCGGCUCCGUCGCCGACGACGCUUGGUUCGAACAACACACUGCACCAAUGGACGGCGAGGAAGAGACCGGGGCGCAUCCCUAUCAAGCUGCGGCUCUCCAAGCGUACCUAAACGGCGACCUCAAGCCAUCUGAGACAGCUGCCGCCAUGACCAAGCCCCAUGACUCAGAGAAGAAGACUGACCUGCGAGACCGCGUAUUAAGCAUGAUCGAAGACGCACUUUUUGAGAUGCCCAAAAGCCACACGCCUGCCCUCGUCGACCUGCUAAAGGAAUUUAGCCUGCUACCAGACGAAGAGGGCGGCGACCCAGUCUGGACAGGCCUGAAAAGUUUCGGCCACUCGUGGUCAGAUGGAUGGAAGCAGGGCCACUGGCGCGAAGCUUUGGCAACGCGGGAUCCAGCCACAAGAGCGGAGAGACGCCAUGCCCAUGUGCACCAGGCUUUUGUGGAGGCAUCUUGUGCAAUGGCCGCUCCAGGACCGAAUGCUAAAGAUGGGCUCUUGCCACUAGAUUGGGGCUACGAGUGCAUCUCCGAGGCACUCGAAUGCCAAGAUGCAGUUUGGGACUUUGAGGUACCUGCUGCGGCGGUGUGGAUUAAGAUAGCUGGGGAAAGACUCAGAGAGGGCGCGAAGAAAGGUGAGGAGUCCUGGGCGUUGGAGAGAGAGGGGAGGCUUUGGACGGCGGGGCCAAUGAGCAUGGAUCGGUGGAAUUUCUGGAUGAAAAAACUGGAGGACGUUGAGGAGAUUGGUAAGAUUAUAUUGACAACGGCGAGUGAAGGUGCGUGGGAUGCUCGAGCCCAGGGUAAGGAGUAG